AUGACUGCUUCAACCAAGGUUGACGACAAUGGAGACUCCAUUCACAUGGAGACGCGGGAGACGGCCGCAACCCCCGGCAAUGGCGACAACGACCCAGCCCUGGCGGCGUUCAACACCAAAUCCGCCCGCGGCAAGGCGGCCCAGCUCCUGAAGGAGGUGGGUCACCAUGUCGUCGUCACGCCCGAGGAGAACAAGCGCGUCCUGCGUCUCAUCGACCUGCGUAUCCUGCCCAUCAUCCUCUUCGUCUACUGCCUGCAGUCGCUGGACAAGACGACGCUCAGCUACGCCUCCGUCUUCGGGCUCAUCCAGGACACGAACCUCAAAGGCAACGAGUUCUCGUGGCUGGGCUCCGUCGUCUACGUCUCCCAGCUCGUCUUCCAGCCGCUAGUCGCCUACCUGCUCGUCCGAUUCCCCAUCGGCAAGUUCUCGGCCACCAUGGUGCUGUGCUGGGGUAGCGUGCUGUGCUGCAUGGCCGCUGCGCACAACUUUGGCGGGCUCAUGGCUACUCGUCUCCUUCUGGGCAUGUUUGAGGCUUCUGUCGGCCCUACCUUUAUUGCCGUCGUGCAGAUGUGGUACCGACGACGAGAGCAGACGAAGCGUAACGCUGCGUGGUACUCCAUGCUGGGUGUCGUCAACAUUCUGGGAAGUCUGCUGUCGUUCGGUCUGGGACAUAUCAAGUCGUCUCUCAAGCCGUACCAGGUCAUCUUCCUCUUCUGCGGCGCCAUCACCGUGGCCUUUUCAGCCGUCAUGUACCUGUUCAUGCCCGACUCCCCCGUCGAGGCCAAAUUCCUGACACCCGAGGACAAGGUGAUCGCGCUGGAGCGUCUGCGCAUGAACCAGAUGGGCAUAGAGUCUGGUGUGUGGAAGUGGGACCACGUGCGCGAGGCGGUGCUGGACCUCAAGACGUGGCUGUGGUUCUCGCUGAUGUUUGUCAUCAGCAUCCCGUCGGGUGGUAUCUCGGCCUUUGGCCCGCUGAUCAUCGAGUCCUUCGGCUUCGACCAGUUCACCACGAUCCUGUUCAACAUGCCCUUUGGUGCCGUGCAGCUCGUGGCCACCAUGGGCGGCGCCUUCCUGGCCGACAAGCUGCGCAUGAAGUCCCCCGUCCUCCUUCUCCUGUGCCUCCCCCCCAUCGCCGGCUGCGCCGUCCUGCUCGCCGUCGGCAGGGGGGCCGGGGACCGCGCCGUCCUCCUGGUAGGCUACUACAUCAUCUCGGUCUACCCGGGCAUCUCGCCCCUCGUGUACUCGUGGUCCGGCCAGAACACGGCCGGCGACACGAAGCGCAAGGCCACCACCGGUAUCCUGUUCGUCGGCCAGAGCGCCGGGAACAUCAUCGGCCCCUUCCUCUUCCGUCCCAACGAGGCACCCAAGUACACCCGCGGCCUGACGGCCAACCUCGCCCUCUUCGUCGUCCUCGCCGGCCUCGUCAUCCUCGGCAUGCUCCUCAUCCGCAUCCUCAACGCCAAGCAGGCCGCCAAGCGCAAGGCCAUGGGAAAGUCCGAGCACAUUCAGGAUCUCAGCAUGGCUGACCAGAAGCAACUCGACGCCGCGGUCCUCAAUGACGAUGUCGAGGGGGGCGCCGACGAUGCUGCCCACCCCGUUGAUAAUAAGGCGCUCGAGGACAUAACCGACCGUCAGAACGAGGACUUUGUCUAUGUCUACUAA